AUGGAAGAACCAGUGUUUGAUAAAUUGACAUCUUUGUGCAAUACUCCAAAGGAUUCUGGGACAGCAGCUCCACAGAGGACUAGUUCAGGGAAACAGCCACUGAGUGCAGCUCUGAGGGAGCGAUUAAGGAAAACAAGACGUUCAUUUAAUGCUAGUUUUACAGUGGCAAAGCGGCUAAAAAUAGACACUGAAGAAGAAGACUGUGCUGAUGCUGACAGAGGGUCCCUGCCAAAGACAAGUACAGAUUGUUCCAGAUUACAAGAUGGUUCUGAAAACCUGGAAAGAAAUGGCACUGGACAUACAUGUUUCAAAAGUCCCCUACAGGAAGAAGAUCUCUGUGGAUCAGCAGAGAAUUCUCACGUGCUACAGGCUGAUCUUAGUCAGCAACAGUCCCUAGAAGAAAAAGUAAGGUUGGUGAAACAAGUGCAAGAGAAGGAAGAACUACUUCGAAGGCUCAAACUGGUUAAGAUGUACCGAUCUAAGAACAACCUGUCUGAACUGCAGGCUUUGAUAGCGAAAUGGAGAAGUAGUACCCAGCUGAUGCUAUAUGAACUACAGUCAGCCUUUUCUGCAGAUGGCAAGAAAGUGAGUCUCACUCAGCUGAUAGAUACUUUUGGAUUAGAAGACCAGUUAUUACACUACAGCAGAACAGAAGAAGAUUUUGUAGAUGCAUAA